UGCUUUAAUCACACCCAUACAUUCACAACAAUGACAUAAAAUGUCUGAUCUCCUCCACUAAUAACACUUAUAUAACACAGAAUUCUUUUUAUCUCUAAGGAAUCUCGUACAAUGAUUAUACAUAGCUACCACUACUACAAAUCACAGAUUUCCAAAGCUAAACAUACACCACCAUUUAAAUUAGAAAAUUAUGUUAAUGUGUUGACUAAAUUUGGUCUUUCAUCAUUGUGUCUUCUUUUUGGAGUUUCCCAUCUUGAACUAAUUAACAAACAAAGAUAGUAAAAGCCUUCAUCGGCAUGUCUGCCUUUUGGAGCUCCAAUCGACUCCCAAAUCUGUAGUAUAUAUCAAAUAUUUAUAUCAGUACAUAUAUACCAUACAAGCAUCUCAAAGCUCCUAUUUAUAAAAAAACAUAUGAAAUUCAUUGGAAAGUUAAAUUGUGAAGCUUAUAUGUAAUUUGUAUUGAACCUUAUUGGAUUUGGAGAAAAUGAAUGGAAAUCGUUCAUGUGUUCGUUUAUUAAAUUGAUAAUAAUAUUGUUGUUAAACAAUAUAAUUGGUUAAAACAAUAUGAUUUAACUGCGUAAGUGAACAAACAGACAAUAAUUUAGUCAUUCACAGACAAUAUAAAAUGAACAAAUAGACAAUGCUUUUACCAUUCACAGACAAUAGCAAAUGAGCAAACAAACAAUGCUUUAACCAUUCACACAAUAUCAAAAAAUACAGAUGAUGACUUGACUAUGCACAAACUUAAUGAUUGAAGUAAUAAUCUAUUUCAUGUGUUUUUUAACAUUUAAGGUAUUGAAAAUAACAUUUACAAUCUAUUAAUUGUAUAAACAUAUUGGCAAAAAAGGAGAAUGCACACACAAAAUCAUGUAUAGGAAUCAAUAAAAUCAUUUUGAGCAUCAUCUCUUAUCUGACUAUGAUCUUAAUCUGCACAAUGAACAUAGUAACGCGGCCAAAUGGUUAGACAAUAUGUAUAUGUGCACACUUUUUUUUUGUAGGUCGGCUUGGGGCUCUUCCGGGCAUGACGGUCGGCCUCGGAGUGCGAUGACCCUCGGCCCGGCCCGGCCCAUCACCUAGUUCUUCCGGAUAUGAGCGUCCACAUUGGGGUACGAUGACCCUCGACCCGGCUGAUCUCCAAAUUAUUAAAUUAAAAACCUGAUGGAAGCUCAUCCCCGAGCUUCGCUCGACAUUAUUUAUUUCGGGACAUUUUAAUCCCUAUUAAAUAAUGGUGAUAAAAAAUACUAGUAAUAAUAAUACCAUUGACUAUCAAAGUUUAAAUGUACCGUAUGAGGUACUUAUCUUUUGGAGAUAGACGUUCGGUCGGUUGGGAUUUUCUGUAGCCUCAAUUUGGGAAACUCACUGCUUUGGACGUUCGCCCAGAGUAAUAGCAUCCAUUUGAAAUUUCUUUCUAAAGGCGUCAUUCAAUUUGGAGAGUUGGAGGGUACCUAAUCAACCCACAUGGCCAAUCCAUUCCCUUCUAAACCUCUGCCUGUCAACACCUUAGCCACGAACGUCCACUGGUUCCAUAACCGAGCGUCAAAAUUUGUGCGGCCAUCCAUUCCUCUCAAGAGCUUUCCAACCCUGGAUGGCGAAGGGCCGGUCAACCGUGGAGCCUGAACGGAAUGCGUGAUCCCCCAACCGGUCUGAGCAAAAUCAGAAGCCGGGCGUCCGAAACUGGGUUGUGUGACCGUGCGGUGGAGUGAUCACGGGACGGGCUGCGAAUAAGAAAAGGCCGCAAAGGUUGACCGACGGUGGGUGUUCGAGUCAGAUCUGCUAACCCAGACUAGGCGGUGGGGCCAAGUAGUGGCCGAAGCAGAGUAGGUCUGAGGCUGGGCGGCGUUUACAGAGUUCUUAAGAUCGUACAUCGUGGUUUGCCAGGCGCUGAGGUGCCGGAUCCCGUGCGUCCUCCGAUUUUUUUUUUCUUUUUCCGGUUCGGUGGCUCUACAUCUGAGGAUGGGACGGCAAUGAGCGGUUGGACUUCAAAAGGUGUCUUCAGUUUGUAAUUCGGUGGCGAUGGGCGGCAUGGAAAACUGGGUAUGCAUACAUGGUGGGUAUUCCUGUAGGGAAGACGAGCGGCGAUCAUGUAGUGCCGGGCGGCGAGGACACGAUCAAGUUUGGAGACGUGCGGGCUGCUCUGGCCAGGUGCAUGGCCGUCCAGAUGGAGUGUUCUGAACGUCCUUAUGGUUCCGCUUCAGCUCGGGCUUGUUGUUUCAUGCUCGUCACCAUGCUUGGACAGUUGAGUAAACGGUUGCUGUGGGGACGCACGGUGCGGUGUAGGCAGCUAGGUUGGUCAACCAUGACCCCACUGGUCAUUCCUCAACCCAUCUUUGUCAGGUUACAGUUGCUACGAAAUGACAGCAAACGUAGCCCUCAAUUGCUUUCUUCCCUCUUGCUAAGAAAAGGCUCUGGUGGUUGCGGAGCUACUUCUUCCUCGUGCAAAUUUCCAGGUGGCUAUCAAGGUGGCCACAGGUGGGGGACUCGCUGGUAGGAGCUGCCAGCCGAGCUUAUGGCGCAUAAUUUUUACCCAAAAGGGGAUUAUUCCCCCACUUCCUCUACUGCGAUUCCAGUACUUCACAUGAUCAUAUUUGUAGAAUUUUUCUUCCUUUUCUGGCUGAUACCAGUUCAGUUUUGUAUCACUUUUUUGUUGAAAUCAGUUCUCCGCCUCAGGUUUUUCGUAGAAAAAUCCAGAACACGCUUAAACUUUUUGAACUGAUUCCCACAGACGGCGCCAGUGUUGAGUUUAAUCCAACACGAUAUAGUUAAUAUAUGUAUGAACACUCAGUUUUUACGUGGAAACCCGAAAGGGAGAAAACCACGGGACUUUUUAGGCUAAUGUCCAAGCCCUCUCUUUCUCAUUAGGACUCUCCUCCCAUUACAUAGUACAAGUAUUGAAGCUCCC